AUGUUGGGGUCACAACGACGCGUCGCACUCGACGUUCUGCUGGCGUGCUGGGGCCUAGGCACCUGGCUCGGGGUCAACGGACUAUAUGUACAGCUGCCAUUGCUGGUGGAGAGGUUGCCGGAGGGCUGGACGCUGCCUUCCUCCAUGGCGUUGGCGGUGCAACUGGCCAACGUUGGCCUUGUCUUGUACGCAGUGUUGCGUCGCCUGUGCCCGCGUGUUUCGGACGCAAUUUACAUCUACGGACUGCUAUCUAUCGGCACCCUGGCGCUCACUCUCAACGCUUUCCUCCACACCGCGACCGCGCCGGUCGGCGGCACGGAUCGCUCUGUAGCGUUCCUAACGUUGACGUUCUUCGCGGCGCUGGUCGGCUGCACCAGUUCAGUGCUGUUCUAUCCGUACUUGAGACACUUCCGCGACGUGUAUCUCGCGACGUAUCUAGUGGGGGAGGGUCUGAGCGGGUUCAUACCGAGCGUGCUCGCGCUUAUCCAGGGUGUGGGCGGCGAGCCCGAGUGCGUACCGUCUGCGGACAAUUCUACUUUGGUGGCACUGUAUCCUCCGCCGCGAUUCGACACGCUCGCGUUCCUACUGGUGUUAGGCGGAUUGUCCGCGCUCAGUCUCGUCAGUUUCACGUCCGUGCACAAUCUUCGAGCGUUCGAUUCGGAGCGGGUGGCGCAGGCGUCGCUGGAGAAGGACGAUGAGGCGACUGCGCCGAAAGAAUCAUUGGUGGCGGGCAGAUGGUUAGUGGUACUAUCGCUGAUGGCGUGUUUGAACGCGCUAUCGAACGGCGUGCUGCCAUCUGUGCAGUCGUACUCGUGCAUGCCGUACGGAGUGCGCGCGUACCACUUGGCGGUGUCACUGGGCGCUAUGGCGAACCCAGCGGCGUGCUUGGCGGGUGUAUGGCUGCGGCCGUUGUCAGUACGCGCGCUGUGUGCUCUGCUGUCCGCGCUGACGCUGCCUCUGGCGUACAUCCUGGCCACGGCGCUGCUGAGCCCAGAACCGCCGCUGCAGCACGCGACUGGAGGUGUGCUACUCAUCGUGGUGUCGUGGGUGGUGACGUCCGCGGGCGUGUCGUACGCGCGCAUGUGGGUGUACGGGUGGGCGCGGCGCGGCGGCGCCCGCGGCAUGCGUCUGUGCGGCGCCGUCACGCAGGCCGGCUCCGCCACCGGCUCGCUGCUGCUCUUCCUGCUCGUCAACUACACGCGCCUCUUCACGCAGCCCGCAGCCUGCCCGCAGUAG